UGCAAAGGGAGUCUGACCUCGGGGAAGCACUAUGAAUGCUUGUAAUUUGUGGCUUGCAGGUUGAAGUCACGCAGCCAUGGAGACCCAAGAAAGUAUUGAUAUUCUGAAGCUGAAACGCGUCGCGCUGGGACAAGAUUCACAGUCCCAGUCUGUUUUGUCGCAUAUUCGAAAUCACCCGCAGGACCCAGUGCUGAAAAAAAACGUCCCGGAAACUCAGGCGGGUUCGCAGGAAGUUCGUCGGGCAUCGCCUCCAAGUCCUUUGCACGAGCAGAAUGCUACAAAUGGCACAACCACGACCCCGAUAAACGUAAGCCGGCUAAAUAAUCGAUUACUGCAACGGGUUAAUGGGAGUAUGGGAUCUGCGGAGACGCCGUCAGACACCCAGGUCGUGUCGCAGUCGGUGUUCGACCACAUCAUACAGCAGAACAACGAUGAUAAUACCUUGAAGACACUGCAUGAGGGUGACCCUGGUCACAUUGAUUUGCUUGCGGGAUUUGAUCAUACGCAGUUGGAUAUCAGCAACACCAACACCAAUAACACUGAGGGCAAUGAGAAUGAGGACCAGGGAGACGCAGAUCCAUCUUCCCCGUUGGAAUAUCAACCGAACCUCUUUCCUGAGUCUCAGCGGUUUGUCACCAAGACGCCAGCUACGGUAGUCAAACCGAGAUAUUUCGAGGACCGCAGCCAGAAUGAAUCUCCUCUUGUCUCCUUCAAUCCUCUUGCAUCAGCCAAGUCGACUAACGGAACCAUGGCGCUGAGCCAGAUGUUCGAAUCCACGCAAGUUCCAUCAUCUCCGAUAAUUAAUCGUCUACACUCAGACCACAUGUCCGAACGGCCGUCACCAAAUCUGCCCAUCCAACAUCAUUCACUUGCUACGGGGGCGCUGUCUUCUCCGACCAUGAAGUUGGCAGCCACGUUUCCUCGGCAUUCGUCGGAGUUAGACAUGAACUAUAUCACUAUGAAGGAGUCGCAAACAGAGCGGGAGAAAAGGAUUCAAGCUGGGAGGAUGACCCGGUCGGCUGAGCAUAUCUACUCGGAGGACCGGAGUGGUGAUGACGAGUUCAGUAAAGAGCCCAGCUUUGUUGAGAGGAUGAAGCGACGGAAGAUGAUUGACGAAUUGGCAAAUGCACAAUUUGCUGGCUUUACUGCUCCAGCACGGCCCACAUCAAGUCGAUCAAGUCGGUCGAGCAAACGAGGCUGCAAGUCAAAGUCGUCCAAAGAGCAAGAGCCACGGGAUCAAACUGAUGGUCUAGACGAACGGCAAGAGCCCAUCCUGUUUCCCCCAAACGGCUCUAUUAGUGAAGAGGAGACAGAGCAAGAGGACGAUGACGACGUGUACCUGCCCAUGCCCCGAUCACAGGAGCUCAACAUCUCAACAGAGGAAGACAAGGAGAAUCACCACGGUGUGCCUGCAUCGCCUCUCGCUGCAGCGACUAGUGCACAUGAUCGACUUUCACAAGCCUUUGCUCUGCAGGCUAGUCCAUCUCCGAAUAGCAAGAUGGUUACCGAAAAGCCAACAUUCAACCGCCACAGCCCUAACCCGGAUGAACAUGAUGGAGUAGGGCAAUCUUCGCAGGUUUACAUAGUGAGGGACUCGCAGCAACCUCCGGCGCGUGGCAGUCAGGUAAACGAACCGAGACAGCCAGACAAUUCACAAAUCACAGAGUCACAACAGCAAGUAUGCCGUUCGGACGUGGACAAGCAAUUUCCUCCUCCCCCUCCUGUGUCUCAACGAAACUCGUCUCCUUUUCUUCCCAACAAUCGUACUCCAGCGCGUACUCGUUCAUCUUCCGCAAGCUUGGUCGAAUCACCUAGCCAGCUCCCCAAAAUCCCGCCAGCUACUGAUCCCUUCCAGACACAAUCCGUCAAUCCAGCUGGUCAGCCAGUCGUGGUACGUGGCGAAAAUGCUUCCAAUCAAGAGAAGUCGUCAUCGAUGCCAUCUCGUGUUGUCGAAACGCCGGUGCACCAACAAUCAAAGAGCUUUACGGAUGUGGUCCCAGGCACCACAGUUCCGGAAACUAGCCCAAACCGUCUACAAAACCAGGGAUUGGACAGUGACAUCAAUGGGGAUGCUGCAGCCCAAGAAGAUGCUGAUUUACCUCCUGUUUAUCCUUCUGAGCAUGGCCGUGCCGGUCAGUCACGACCACUUGCACCGUCAAGUUCAUCGACAGUCACCAAGGGGUUCAACUCGAAGAUUCUCUCUAGCCCUAGCGGCAGACAGCGCAGGGCACUGACGGAAAUUGCCUCCGAAGCGUCUCCGGGAGGACCUACUGAUCUCGAUAUUGACUUUGGCAUCUUGACUGCAGAUGAUAGGGAGUUCAGAUCCAUGGUCGCGAUGUCUCCCAAUCCACCGAGAAAGAAGAGAUGCAGAAAUUAUGGUCAGAAUAUAUAUGCUUCUGACCCUGUGUUUCCCGUUACACCUUGUCUGACUACUCCUCGGCUCGCUCCUUUCCAAGAGCAACAACCGAUUCCAGAGGAGCCCCAGCCGGAUAUGCCGGAGGCACCGGAGACAGCCAUUCGAACACGAUCUAGGUCCUCCAACCGGGUGGACACGGUAUGGGACGUGGACGCUUCGCCAGAGUAUCAUGCGUCUCGCAUGGGAAGGAGGUCUUUCUUUCGUUCUCGGCUACAGCAGUCUGUCCAAGGUCAGGAAUCCGAGGAGAAUACGUCUGAGCCUCCAAAGGAAACGACUGAAGCUUCUAUUGGCAUGAAUGAUGAGAUGGAUGUCAUUUUCACUCCUGCCGGAAACCCUGAUCGUCCCUCAGAAACUCCUACGGCCCAGGAUCCUACGGUACAAAAAGAGCCUACUCCUGUUAGGCCAUCCCCGCUGAGAGGUCCUCAAAUCGCCCACAACCAGGUUCUUGCCCCUUGGAGUGGCUCGAAACGGGCAUACUAUCCUGCGACAUGUUUGGGCACACCCUUUGGAACUUCAGCAUCAAAGUAUCUGGUCAAGUUUGAAGACAGUCUUCCAGUUGAGGUGCCAACCACUACAGUCAAAAGACUCGAACUACGAGUUGGUGAUGCGGUCAAGGUAGAAAUACCCAAAUUUCCGAAGAUCCCACAUGUCAUUCGAGGUUUCGACGAUCGAAUGAGCGAGGAAGACUUCAGCAAUGCCAUUAACAGUGGCUUCAUACCAAUGACUGACAUUUACGGUAACUUGUCUAUCAUUUUGGAACCGAAAGCGCGCAAGAGUAUCUCGAAUGAGGUCCUUUCACAGACAGAGAACGUCAAAGUCCCCAUAUCGCGGAUCUAUCUGGAUACGAUUUUAUGGAACCAGCUUAAAGAUCGGUCGUUCAGCCAUGAUGUAAACGCGAAGACGUUGGAAGAAAGACCCCAAACGCCAGCCUUAGCCGGCGUACCCGCCACACCAACACCCCCAAGCAGCCGGCUUUCUCGCACUAUGCGGUACAUAGGUGGUAUCUUUGCAGGGAUGGUGUUUGCAGUCUCCUACGUUGACGACGAUGCGGGCAAGUCCCGCGUAUCCCGGUUGAUAUUGGAACACGGCGGACGUAUUAUCAAUGGUUUCAAUGAGCUUUUCGAGUUUCCGUCGAACGUUCCUCUUGCAACACCAACGACACAACAAUCUGCCCGUCCAGCGCAAAAUAAGACCAACCUGCGUCUUACCAGGAGCGCCGAAGAUCUCGGGUUCGCUUGCGUGAUUGCUGACAAACACUCCCGCCGUGAAAAAUACAUGCAAGCCCUAGCCCUCAACCUACCAUGUCUGUCUGGCCGCUGGGUCGAGGACUGCAUUUCUCAGAACCGAAUUUUGGAUUGGGAGAUGUACCUGCUUCCUGCAGGGGACUCAACGUAUCUCAACGGUGCUGCUAAAUCGCGAAUGUUGAUGCCCACUCUCGCUGUCAACGCACGCUUCUCGCAUACCAUCGCAGCCCGACCAAAGCUACUAGACGGACAAUCUGUGCUUUUCGUCAUGGGUCGCGGAAAAGAAGAAGAGAAGAGCAGAGCGUACACGUUCCUCACGUAUGCCCUUGGUGCUUCGAGGGUGGAACGCGUGUAUGAUGUUAAGUCCGCAAAGACAUUCCUAGACCAAGAGUUUGAGGCCGGCCACGACAAUUACUGGGAUUGGGUAUACGUGCACUUCCAUGACCAGGAAACCGUCAGAGCGGAAUUCCUGCAAUCCACGGAUACAGAUUCAAACUCAGGACGAGGCACGAAGAGACGCAAGAUGUCUCAUUUCAUGGGAUGCAUCAGUGGUCAGGAGCUCGGGCUGAGUUCUAAGAUUACUGUCGUGGGUAACGAUUUUGUUUGUCAGAGUUUGAUUUUGGGGAGGUUGUUUGAGGCGUAGUCCUCUCUUCCUUCCCCUUGCUACCUCUGUUGUAUUUUUAUGAUCUGAAUGUUUGGCUUAGCGAUGGAUUUACUCUCAGGAUAAUACUGGCGGAUAGCUGUUUGAAUCUGGAUUAUGUAUUACUAAUCAUUUACAAGUUAUGUACGAAAGAUACCCUUUUUCACUUACACUCUGGAUGUGAAACAGGGUUGGAUUGCUUGUUUUACGCGGGAAAUAGGACAUUAUACAAUUUGGAC